CAAAUUUGCCGCAAUAGGGAUGACACUGCAAGCUAUUAUUGUUGCCAAAAUAAAUAAGAAAUCGAACCAAUUAAUAGCCCAAAAGCUUCCUCUUCAAUUUCUGGACUUGUUACUAUAUAAUUGCGGUCAUUAAUCACGUCUUGGGACAUGGCAUCAUCAGAUGAUGAGGCUGAUAGUGGGCCACAGUCUGUUUCGAAUUACCAUUUUGUAGAUGAUGAGGAUGCUCCUAUUUCAUUCUCCUUGUUGCCAUUUCAAUGGAGUGAAAGUGAGAGUGUUGGUGAACAGAAUAAGCAUCAGAUUUUCUUGCAUGGUUCUGUAGAUAAUGGACUUAGGACAAUACACAUGGAAGUUAUAGCAUGGAAAUUUGAUCUGUUGAAUGCAAUUCCGAGUAUAUCAGUGAUUACCAAGGACAAGAAUUGGAUCAAACUGGAAAAACCAAGGAAGAGCUUUGAGAAAAUAAUUAGAACAGAAUUGAUUACAGUGCAUUGUCUUCAUUAUGCAAGGAAAUAUCCGGAAGCAUCUAAGAAAUCUGUGUGGGACCACUUGUCCAAGGUUUUCAGCUUGUAUGAUGUUAGAUUUACCCAGAAUGACUUGGUGGACCACAUGGCUUUAAUCUCUGAAGCUGUUAAACGGGAUGACUCCUUAGCAAAGUCGAAGUUUCUACUUGCGUUUCUUGAGGAAAAGCCAAGGAAGAGAAGGCCUUCUAAUGAGGAUAUACAAACUACAGAUAUGUCUGGGUUUAUAGUUGAUGAUGUGGAUGAUGACAUGUUUGAAGAUGUAGAAGAAGAUGGGGAAGAAGAAGAAGAAGAUUCUGUUUGCACAUUUUGUGACAAUGGUGGAGAGCUUUUGUGUUGUGAUGGAAGUUGCAUGAGGUCUUUCCAUGCAACAAAAGAGGCUGGCGAAGAGUCCAUGUGUGUGUCUCUUGGUUUUACAGAGAGGGAAGUUGAAGCAACUGAGAGGUUUUACUGUAAGAAUUGUGAAUAUAAGCAGCAUCAGUGCUUUGCUUGUGGAGAGUUGGGCUCCUCUGAUAAAUUAUCUGGUGCAGAGGUGUUUCGCUGUGCCAAUGCAACCUGUGGUUACUUUUAUCACCCAAGUUGUAUUGCAAAAUUACUUCACCAAGAGGAUGAAGUUGCUGCUAAGGAGCUUCAGAAAAAGAUUGCUGCAGGGAAGGAGUCAUUUACGUGCCCCAUUCAUAAGUGCUGUGUCUGUAAACAAGGAGAGAAUAAGAAGAUAAGGGAGCUGCAGUUUGCUGUGUGCAGGCGCUGCCCCACAUCUUACCACCGUAAAUGCAUGCCAAGUGAGAUUGUUUUUGAAAAGAAAAAAGGAGAAGAAGAAAUUAGGGCGUGGGAGGAUCUAUUACCCAACCGUAUACUCAUAUAUUGCUUAAAGCACGAGAUCAUUGAUUACCUUGGAACUCCAAUCAGAGACAUAAGAUUCCCUGAUAUCGAAGAAAAGAAGAAAACACAGAUAUCAGAUUUGCCUGGAAGCUCAGAGAAAGAUUUGGCAAAGAAGAGAAGGCUUACCUCAGAAGAUUUGUUUUCAGGAGAUGCCGUUAUUAAAAAAGUCAAAGACUCAUCUUCUGGUGCAAGAAAGGUUACAAAUAUCAAAAAAAGCGAAAAAUUAUCACCCGGAUCAACAUUUUUGAGGAGAGUGAAAGAAAGGGAUGCAUCCAGAAAGUCCUUAAAAGAAAAGAUGAAGUCUACCUCAAUAGAGCUAGAUAGGUCUGCAACAGCUAAUUUAAACAAGACCUCUCUGGGUGACAAAUUGUUUGACAUCAUGAAAAGGUCUGAACAAGUACAUAAUGGGAAGAAGGACGUGCAUACUAACGAAAUCGAUAAACCUGUGACAGUUAAGGCUUCUACCAAGUUGAGCGAUGAACUGCCUUCAUUAGAUGCUGACACAGAAAGGAGACUGUUGGCUUUAAUGAAAGAGUCUUCUUCGUUAAUAAGUAUGGAAGAUGUCAGGAAAACGCAUCAGGUUCAUAUUCCAUCAACACAUGCAUAUUCAUUAAGAACUGUUUGUGAGAAGGCAAUUACGGCAGGAAAGGUGGAAGGUGCAGUUGAGGCUGUUAGAACAGCUUUAAAGAAGCUGGAGGAUGGAUGCAGCACAGAAGAUGCCAAGGCUGUUUGUGGACCAGCGAAUCUGAGUCAGGUUUUUAAGUGGAAGAGCAAGCUUAGAGUGUAUCUUGCACCGUUUCUAAACGGAAUGCGGUAUACAUCCUUUGGCCGCCAUUUCACAAAAGUAGAAAAGCUUGAAGAGAUCACCAAUUUGCUCCAUUGGUAUGUAGAAGAUGGUGAUACGAUUGUCGACUUCUGUUGUGGUGCUAAUGAUUUUAGUUGCCUAAUGAAAAAGAAGCUUGAACAGACCAGGAAGACGUGCUCAUACAAAAAUUAUGAUGUUAUUCAACCUAAGAAUGACUUCAAUUUUGAGAAGAGGGAUUGGAUGACUGUUCGUCCAGAAGAGCUGCCAAAAGAGGGUUUGAUCAUGGGAUUAAAUCCUCCUUUUGGGGUUAAAGCAGCUUUGGCUAACAAGUUCAUCAAUAAGGCUCUUGAAUUUAAACCAAAACUUCUCAUCCUGAUUGUUCCACCUGAAACAGAAAGGUUAGACAAAAAGGAUUCACCUUAUAAUCUUGUUUGGGAAGAUGAUCGGUUUGUGUCAGGAAAGUCCUUUUAUCUGCCAGGUUCCAUAGAUGAGAAUGACAAACGAAUGGAUCAGUGGAACCUAACUACACCACCACUUUAUCUUUGGAGCCGUCCUGAUUGGCAUGAAAAACACUUGGCCAUAGCUCAAAAGCAAGGUCACUUAUCUGGGCAACGAGAAGGAUCAUCUUCAAAAGAAAAUUACCCUGAAACCAUGACCUAUGACCAUCCUUUGGAGGUUUACUCUUCCAAAGCUGAUGCUUCAGAGCUGACAGAUGAUGAUCGCCUUGUGCAAAAUAAAGAAUUAAAAGAACCAAAUGAUAACAUUAGUGUGGCUGAAGGUAGUAAAGAAUGCUCCCCUCAUGACAAUGGCAGCAGAGAAAGUGAAGAUAGUUAUGGUCCUGAGAGAAGCCAGUCAAAGGAGAAGACUUUGAGGAAAAGAAAGCAUGGUGAAGAUAAGCUUGGCAGAGGAACAAGUGAGAAAUUGCCGAAGACCAGACAGACUGGUGCAAAGCCUCCUAGAAGCAAUACAUACAGGGGAAUACGUCAUUGUUCUCCACCCAAGAUGGUCAACAGUAGAUCCUCACAGGAAGGUCUGACAUCCAGAUCCUUCGAAAUGACCCCACAUGCAGAAGUUGGCAAGACUAGUUCUCCAAAUUUUGAGUCCGGCAUGUUUAGUUCACAUAUGCCGUCUGGUACAGCUUGUGGCAAUUUGACCAGCAAUCAUGAUGGUGUGGGUAGGAAAUUCAGCAUGAACAGUGAUGAGUAUUUGCAGGGCAUUCAUGGAUUUUCCCAUCCCAACUUGGAUGAACGAUCUACAGGGCCCAUCAGAGAGAGCACAGAGAACAUUGGUUAUAGAUCUUAUGUUAUGGGGUUAAGGGAGUCGGAUUUAAGAUCACAAGUUCAACAAUAUGGGCAACAUCCUGAUUCUUCUGCUCAAAGAAAUUUUCAUGACCCAGGGUAUGGCCGGAUGGGGUCGGCUCCGUCUAUGCUUUACAGGCACUUAGGUACACCCUCAGAUCCUCUAUACAGGAUGAACACGUCUGCUAUGCAGCGGUAUGCACCUCGACUAGAUGAAUUGAACCAUACGAUGAUGGGCGACUUUAGUCCUGAUCCAUCAAUGAUGCAUAGAAAUGGCAUGUACAAUCCUAGACCGCCUCAACCUCCACCUGGUUACCAUAUUGACUCGAUGAACUUUGCCCCAGGCCCUCAUCGCCCUUACUCGCACCAUAAUUCUGCAGGUUGGCUUAACGAGUAGUUAUAUGCUGCCAUUAGAGGCAUUCUGCAGUACAUGGUUUCAGAAUUACUUGUUACCUGUAGCUGGAUUUUGUUCUUCUGCUUUAAACUUUGUAUGUAUGCGACUCCUCUUUCCUAGUUAUAUACCAUUGAACUCGGGGUAUAUGUCCUUACUAUUAAUAAGGCUUUAACUUAAGAGAUGUACCGAAUUUUAGACUUCAAUCCGAUGAUAUGAAACUUAACGUAGCGCCAUA